CAUUGUUAAAAACUGAGGAAAAAAAUCAUCCCUAAAGCCCAAGUGAGCAAAAGUGUUUGUAGUUGACACCUGAAACUUAACAGGCUCAGUGCCCAUUGUAUUUCCUCAGUCAAGGUGCUGCCACCAAGAAGGCUGUGUUUUGAAUCACCAUGCCAUGGGUCAUGCCCAUUGAUAGGAUUACGGAAUAUCUGUGAUUGUCCAUUCACAUAUAAGAACCACCACUGGAUAUUGUGAACAAGUAAUAUAUGAAUAAACAGAUUGCCCCAAAAUUAACUUCUGUAAGAGAAAGGUUGCAUGAUUUAGUUCCCGUUUUUCAAGUUUUUCAUCUUUCUGCUAACGUUAGGCCUGAAGGGGGGAAAGUAAGGGAAGAACUGCAAGAAAAGUAGAACUACUAGUGUUGUCAUGUCGUAAUAGCAUAACUGUCAACAGUAAAAUAAGGAUGAGGGAUUUUCAACAGUCUUCCCUACCCUAGCCUCAAGAGAAAGCUUUCCUUCAGACUUCUGAUGCGCUCCCACGUUAGUUUUUUAGGUAGAAAUAUGUACCUAGGCAGUUGUUUUUAGGAAACAAUUUGAAUUCAGUUUAAACUACACAAAGCUCCUUUUUUCUGUACAAUCAACUCCCCUCAGUAAAUACAAGUUCUAAUCUCUUACUGGUCAUCACUACAAUCAGCUUGAAUACAUAACCAAAUAAUACCAGUGAUAUACAAUUACUUAAAUUUUGAGGGUUAUUUGGUCAUAUAUUUGGGUAUUCAGUUUUCAGAAUGAUGUUUGGUGAAUGAAAAGUUGGGCUGAAAAGCAGCUUGUGUGCUGCUUCUGGCUCUGUUUGAUAUGACUGAAUAAAGAAGGCACUACUGAUGUUCACAAAACUGCUUUCUGUUCUACUAUGUGCCAUACUCUAUAGUCAGAAGUCCCAUAUGCCAUUAUUAUUUAUCAUGAUAAUUUAUUAAAUUUGUAUACUGCCCUCCAUCUGAAGAUUACAACAUAAAAAUACAAAAUGAGAACAAAAACCAAUCACACACACACACACACAUUUCAAAGACCAUAGAAUGUUUAAUCAGCCAAAGGCAUGGUUAUAGAAAUACGUUUUCGCCUGGUGCCUAAAGCCAUGUAAUGAAGGUGUCAGAUGAGCCUUCCUGCUGAGAGCAUUGCACAAAUAGAGAACUACCACAGAAAAGGCAACACACAAAGAAGGGCCUCAAAUGAUCAUCACAGGUUCUGUGUCAGUUCAUAUGGGGAGAGGUGAUCCUUGAGGUAUUGCUAUCCUGAACCAUUUAAGGCUUUAUAGUCAAAACCAGUACUUUGAAUUGGGCCCGAAACUAAAUGGGAGCCAGUGAAGUCGAGCCAGUAUUGGUGUGAUAUGCUCAAACCGUUUUGCCCUGAUGAUCAACCUGGUCUGCGAAUUCUGCCCCAGCAUAAGUUUCCAUACUGUAUUCAGAGGCAGCUCCCUGUAUAAUGCAGUACAGUAAUCCUCCCCCAGUAACUUGCUACUGAAAAACCUAACUUCUUCUCACCUACCCCCUCUUUCUUAUAUUAAUUUGCCUUUAUUUAUAUGUACCCUUUCUGAUAAUCAUUUCCCACCCUCAACUUUGUUAUAGGUCAGAGGUUACUCAGCUCUUGUAGCUAGCAAAGCAAUAUGAAUGACGUUACGUGCCAGUCUUUGUUUUUCAUCAGUCUGCCUGAGCUGCGAAAACUCUGUGCCGUGAAGGUUACACUGAAUUCUCAGUUGGCAGCAACAGAAAUUAGAACAGCACAAAGGAAGAUGUGCAGGCAACUCUUGCAUCUGCAUCAAGAUGUGCUUUCUUCACCUGUUCCUGGAACAUUGAAUCAAAUUUCAGUGGUUAUGACGAUACUCUUCUAUAAGUCAGGAAAAUUUCAAGCUUAUAUAGAGAAAAACAGAUCUAUAAUGGCAAUGCCAGAGAGAGUUGUCCCAGCUGUCUUUCAAACCUGCCUGUCUUAUACACUUAUAGCCAAACUUGCUCCUAAUUGGAACCAAGCUGGUCAUCUCUUGAUACAAGGGAAAGAUUUUCUGUCACAAAGGGGAAAGCAAAAUGCAGUUGUUAUGGACAUCAAUGUAUCAGAGACUCAGCUCUGCAUUAGUGUCGAAGUUUUCACAGUACGUCUGCCACCACCUGAGCUUGAAGAAUUUAAUAUUUCAGCAAACAUCUUAAAGAAAUUUGACAGUGAUAAUAAUGCUAUCAUUCAAAAAUACUCUAUUUUAAGUAACUGGUGCUAUGUUUUGCCAAGCAUGAAAAUGGGUCAGAUCAUAAGCAUUAGCCACAUAAUUCCACCCGAUACUCCAUUCCAGUCAUAUAGUGAUUUGCAGCUGCACUGGGAAAAUCUGUAUGGCUAUAUUCUUCCGGAGGAUCCUGGGAUUUAUUGCAACGUUUACUUCAAACUGAUAGGGGAACAACAACUCAGAUAUCCUUUCAGUUGCAUACGAAGUCAGCCAGUGCAGUACUUUCCUAGAGUAGAUUUAGAAGGUGUUCUAAGUGCUUUUGUUGCUGAUCUGAAGACUGUCAUUCCACACAUUUGUGGGCUUCCUCUUAAAAUGAUAAGUAAAGCAUUAUAUGCCACCAAAGAUCUUACCCAAUCAUCUGUACAGAAAGUUAGCUCCAAACCAGCCAAUCUCACUGGAAAAAGGAACUGCAAGGUAUCUUUGACUCAAGUAAUUCCAAAAAAAGGCAUGCUCAGUCCUUCAGCAUGUGCUAUAGAAAAUAGCCACAAGAUGGAGCUUAAAGUCAACCAACCGAAAACAGAUAUUUUUACUAAUCUCAGUUUACUAGCAGAAGACAAGAACACUGGGGUGCCAGGGAGAAAACUGUACAGUAGGAAACAAGAAAAAACUUCAGAAGAAUCUGCAGGAAUGCUAAACUCAAAUGUAUCAUUUAAAAUGUCAAAUAAUACUUUAAGAAAUUAUUCUACCAGAAUCAUACCCAUCUUUAAAGGAAAGCUGUUGCAGAUGGAUAAGCAGACCACAAAGGCCACCCAUGAAAAGAAAAGGCAGAAUGCUUCUAAAGUAAUGAACACAGCUGCUAAAUUGGCUGUAUUCAAGCCUAGUACAGAUCAAGUUAACAAAUUGUUACGUGAUGCAUCAUUAAAAAAUACUACAAACGGAAGUGCUCUUCAGAUACAGACUGGAAAAGCCAAUGUUAAGUCUACUAAACUUGCAUUAAAGGAGAAAAAUGAGAAUUAUGGACACUUGGCAAAUUAUGCUUUAGCUAAUGGAGCAGUUUUAGACAGGGAUUCAAGUAAAUUCAAAUCCAUAAGACUAAAUUCCUCUUUGAAAUCACCUAGUAACCUUGCAGUGCAUCAUGUAUCAGUUGUCCACCAGCAUCUGAAUACACCUUCAAAUUUCACAACAAGCCAGAAUACCUUGACCACUGAGUCAAAGAAAUCCCAUCCCUGCGUAUCUCACUCAGAUGUGGAUGAGGGAAAUCCCAGAAUAUUUCACAAUCAAAUACAAAGCUCAGCUGAAGAAGAGAAAAUGAAUGCUUACAGUUUAUGCAGCUCAGUACACAGAAGGGCCAAACAAGGAGAUCACAAAGAAUCACUAGGAAUAUCCCAGCAAGAUACCAUUAAGACUACUAGUCAUCAUCUGCAGGGCAACGGCCUACAGGUAUACCAAGUAAUAAAGGUACCUAAGACAAACAAGUCAUCCCAUUGCAAAGAUACAAACUCAGUUCAGAUUUUGUCAAAGAUGGAAACACACUUGGCAUCUGCAUCAAACAGAAGUGGGAAAAGACAGCAGUUAAAGGAAAAACAAGUGAGUUACUCAAAGCCAAAGAAACUAAGAACCAGUAAGCUAUCAAACUAGAAUAAGUAUUUAGAGAUGAAAGAAAGAAAAAACUGGUAUCUGUGAAAGCAAGGCCAUGUGAUUGUAUAAAAAAAUCAAAUUGCAAAAGACUUUGUUCAGAAGAUGUGGAAUAGUCAACCUAGUUGAUUUUUACCUGUUUUAAAACUGUUCCAUUAAUAAGGUUUGUUUCAUCUGAAAAAGUGGUGUUUUUUAAAAAAAAAUUGUCUGCAUUGUGAUAUCCUUUCCUUUUGUAUCACAUGUAAGUCUCAUAUGUGUCUAAUUUUGAUUGAUAAUAUGUGGUAAUAAAUGUUGCAGUGCACAUUUUGAAAGAUUUUACAGUAUAUUGUAUAAAUGCAUUUUCUCAUGUAUACGUUGCUUUUAAUUACACAGAGCCAGCAUAACAUUGCAUAUUAAGGCUCAUUCUCAUUAAAUAAAUAAAUUUAAAAGACAGCUUUCAUCGUUGUUAGGAAUGGUCAGGAUUCAAACUCCACUAUGUAUCUGAAUGCAUAUGGGGAGGUGGCAGUGUCUCACACCUCUCAGAAUACUGCUUUGGACCCCCAACCUUAAGACGUGAUGACAUUUCAGGGGGUUUGAAAAGCUCUCCUGUAUGAGUGGAAACCCAGUACUGUAUAUAUUUCUGUGAGUAGUUACAGAUGGGUGAUACUGACUGAAAUAGAGUAGGGGUUCUGUACUGCCACCUGCUGCAAAUGGAAUCAAAUGUUUAUAGACGUACUGAAAUGUCUCCUGGAGUCCUUCUCAUCACCAAGUGGUGAGAAGCUUGAAUUAUUAAUCCUUCACUUGUUAAUUCAGUCAGAGUUCUUAGCCUGAUUUGAAGCAUUUAACUUAUUGAACAACUUAAUUUUCAUUCCAGCCAAAGUUCAUUCCAAGUAUAGCUAAAGACAUGCAUAUGCUAUACUUUUUUAAAAAAUAGAAUAUGUGAAAAGAGUAAAACAUUGUUUUAAGGCAAACAAUUCACAAUGACUAGUAACUCUGGGGUCAUACUUCAUUGCCAAAUUACAAAGUGCUGAUGUAUGAAGUAUUUUCAUUUUGUAUCUUGGGUUCCCAUGUCAUAAUCUAUCACAGAAAGACCCAUUUACGCUUAUGUGAAGAGGCUGCCAAAAUUUAAUUGGCUUUAAUUGUCUACUGUAAUUAAGUACUGAAUAUUCCACUAAUUAAACAAUUGUCUUCUGUUUUAAAAGGA